AUGAUGACAGGAAAAUGUGAACCGGACUCUUUGCCCGUCGUACCGCUGUCAACCGAGACGUUAGCCUCCGCUGGAAUCCACGACAACAACAAUAACGCGUCUUCCGCAGCGACCUGCACACCGUCGUCGCCAGUCACGGCCACCGUGCAUCCGUUUAGCAAGAGGGAAUCCGCGAUCGUCACCAGCUCUUCGCUGAUAUUUUCACAGUCUUCUAAUCAAAAGGAUGGUAAAAGGGUAAUAAUAUAAUAUAUCAUAAUAUUGUUAUUUACACUGUUGUUUUUGUUGAUGGGGUUUUUUUUUUUUUUUAAUAUUUUAUUUAUUUAUUUAAAUUGUAUUACAAUAUUGGGUACACGCAAUCGGUCGCGGUAUGCCGAACUCGAUUAUUAUUAUUAUUAUUAUUAUUGUAUACAUUAUAAAAUAUAGUUUUGAGUCGUUUGAUUAGGUACCUAUACGUCCUGUAUAUUAUUACGAUAAGAUAAUGAAUACUACUAACGACAUUACCGAGACAGGACUGACGGUUUAGUUUUUUUUUUUUUAGGCUCGGAACAUAAAUUGAAAUCGUCGUAAGGUCGGAGAGAAAUAAACGUGUGCAAUUAUUAUAUAUUAUAAUUACGUACCUUUUUUUUUUUUUUAAAAACGUAUGCCUACCGAAAGCCCGUGGCUCCCGAAAUCGACGUGUUAUUAUUAUAUACGUAUAAUAUAGUUACCGCAGGUGCUUAUAAUAUAUUAUAGAUAAUAUAAUUAUAUUAUGCUAAUUAGUUUUAACUGAAUAAACGGACGACGUAUACGUUUCCACGUAUUCGCGCGGUGUACAAUGUAUACACACUAUACAUCUAGUGCGUAGUAUUACUAAUACGAAAUAUUCCAAAACCGGAGUGCGACUCCUUCCCGGUUCCCGCUUUCCCUGUAACACGUUAUAUAGGUGCUAAAAUGCACUGCACACGAUACAGCGUAGUACUAUUAUGCCUAUGCGCCGCGUGUUGCAUUUUUCCGUACUGACGGCCACUAUUUCAUACCGACCAGAAAACGUUUAUUUUCGUUCGCAGCAUCGCCUAUACGCGUUACGAAAUCGAAUAAUCGAUGUACAAUAACCUAUAUAAUGUACGAAGAAACUUACUUAUAGUUGACAAUUGUUAAACGAUUCGCGUGGAUAUAUAGAUAAUAUGUGAAAACGGUUUCGAAAAAAUCAAUCGCUCAGUUUGCCUAUAUUAUGCUUAUGUAUAGCAAAAUAAUAUACCGAUUGUAUACGAUUCGAAAUCGCAAUAGAAUCGAGCAUGGUACGUUUUUGUAGUUCUACCCUCCCUAUCCCUCCUACCGGGAAUAAUCUAACCCUACUACGUUGUUACGGGUUAUUUCUUAUCGCGAUUAGUUUUUUUUCGUUCACCUGGAAGUCGGGAAACACUGCUAUUUGGUAAAUUUCGGUCAGGUCAAUUAAUUUAUGGUGUUUUACGUGAAUAAUACACAACUUUCAUUUUCCGGUGAUAAUAUUAAUAUGAUGUUAUACCUACGUAUAAGUAUACGGACUAGAGUCCCGGUUACCGCGUGACUGCGAAAAUUCGAAAAACGAAGAUAACAAUUUGUAUUUCUAUACGAUGUGUAGUCUAUUUGAAAUCCAGUAUUUCGAAUUUCGUUUAAUAUGAUAUAGCUGAUAGUUUGUAUUUGAUCUUAUAAUUAAACAAAAAUAUUAUAUUGUACCGUAAAAAAAAAACUUGCCGAGCUCUCCGGAUCGUUUAAAUCUCUUGUAAAAAAAUGCAGCACAUGGUGAAAUGCGCACGUACAACGAUUCUAAUAUGAUAAUAUCACGCAUUAUCCAUACAACAUUUCGUAUGUGUAAUAAUAUUAUGAUGGUUUUUUAUAUCUGGGCUUUGCGUAUUAACAAAAUAAUUAUUACUUGACAUAUUUUUAUAAUUUUUAUCGGAUGGUUAUUUUUCAACGGCAUUGUUUAAAAUGGCGCUUUCCCGGAAGACUAAAAUGAUUGUACAUAGAGGAAAUAAUACGAGGGCUUGUGAAGUAAACGAAGAAAAGGCAAUGUAUGCAGUGAUGGAACUGAUGGAAGUUGUGAAGGGCGAAAAUCAGGGUAUUCGACUCCAAUUGCGAAUGAUAAAGGUGAAGAAGUUUAGAGAAAGCUAAAAUAGUUGUACACACAGAGAAAUCUGUAAUGGAGUUUUGGCCGUAUCGGUAUAUUGUAAUAUUAUUUUGUUAUCAAGACUAUUAUAAUAAGUAUUCUAUGCAUUACAUUAAAUACAUAGAGAGCGGUCCUCUUACCACAAAAUAUAGUGAUUGGCUACGAACAUUUCGCAGAGUGAAUUUGAUUUUGGUUUAUUUCGGUCAUUUUAUUAAAAAUCGUUUAAUAUUAGUUACAAUAUUUUGUUCGAAAAUAUUUUCGUGAACACAGAAUGUAUUGACUUUUGAUUUACAAAUAUAUAACGACCAACAUUCGAAAAGAGAAUAAUUUUCUAAAAAUGUUCAUAUUCCGCAUAACACUAUGGUCCAUAAUAUCGGAUAUCAAUGCAUUGUUUAUGACGAGUUAAAACCAGUUGAAAAUUUGGGCCGGAUGCAGCGCCGCAACAACCCAGGGUGCUGUGGGUGCAAGUAGCGGGGCGACGCGAAGGCAGUUUUUUGACUCCCGGGACUAAAAUCAGUGGGUGGCUGGGUUUGUGCGUAUUAGUGUAAUGGUACGAAAUUGGAGUAUAGGACUUAGUAGAGGAAUAUAGAUGAAUAGAUAGGUUUUUCAAACUAUAAGUUAGGUUAUUAUUAUAAUAAAUAAAAUCUCAAUAAGACUCGUAAAGUAAAAUAUCUCGCGCCACCACUAGGUGCAAGACAUGCCAUUGGGCCAUAGACGUCAUUAUGGGGUAUCGAAGAGUAGUAAUUGAUACCCUACCAAUUUUAUCGGGAUUACAAAUUGUUACCCUAUGAGUAAUUUUUAAAAUAAAAGUACAAUUUUCUUGCUUUUUCUCAUAACACGACCACACGAAUGUAAUAACCAAUAGUUAUACUCUCGAGUGUAUUGAAUUUGAACGUACAUAAAGACCAGUCAACUGAUUACUCAUAUUUCUAAAUUUAUUUGAUAUUUUUGACUAGGACUUGAUAUAUGAUCUAUACUGACUAAUGAAGUGAGACAAACUUCAUUAAACCACAACUGAAUUAAAAAUAGUAUACAAGAUGUUUCCUACUCCGUGAUUUGACUUCAAAUGACACCUAUGCAUUGGGCCUCUGUUAAAUCUUAACGAUGGGCCGAAUAGUGCUUUUUAAUAUAUUGGUUAUUAGUUAUUUUCGAUUAUUUAUCUGUAUUUUGUUAAGGUCUUUUCGGUAUGUGGCCCAUAUAAAAUGGGUUUGUACUCCAACGGACGACGUCCCAAAUGUACGCUAAGUUGUAUCAGUGGCCAGCGUAGUAUAAUAAAUUGCAUACCGUCAUUAGAUAACAAUUAACUAUUUCUCCGAAUAGAGUUUUAAACUGAUAUGUUUAGUAAAAUCUUGUAAACGGUACAACCCAAUGGGCGCCCGAAGGAAAUUUAUCAGGGUGGGGCAGUGUCUUAGUAAAAAUUUGAAUGACCUUUUUUUUCUUUUUUUUACGUAUAACCCUAAAUAAGAACUUACCUGGGCUCUUUGAUGACCUUAGGAAGUGGUACAAUAAAACCGAACGCCAAAAAUUAUAUAAAUUUGAAAUUUUGCAAUUCAGGGAAGGCAAAUAUCCCUCCGAGCGCUCAUGGUGCAUCAUAUUAUAUAUUAGAUAAUAAUAGUUAUGUAUAUAAAUUAAAAAAAAUCUAUUCUCUUUUCGAAUCAGAGUUCUAAAAUAAGAGCCGCUAUUUGAAAAUCAAUAGUUGAUAUGCGUUCAUACCAUACGUAAUAAGAGUAGAAUUUUGUCAAAAUUAUAAAUAUGAUCGUUAGAAGAUUCUACAGAAUGUCUGAAAAAUCAAAUUUACUUAAAAUUUCUAUAAUUCAUCAAAUAAUUUAUUAAGAUUCGGAUUUAUAAUAAUUGUGUACGAUUUACGAAUAUAAAAAUACAUUAUGAAAGUUAUUAUGUUGAUUUAAUUAUACGAUAGUAUCCAAAUAGUUAAAAAAAAAAACAUAUGCUCGGCUUGUACGUGCUCCUGUGUGAUGCAAGGUGUCCUCGUGCCGUCGAAUUCAGUUUAAAAUUCUUUUAAUAAUAUUAAACAUAUAAUAAUAUAAAACACAAAAAAAGGAUCAUUUGUUAAAAUAUACAAGAGGAGCGUAACAAAGUCUCUUUUUCUAGCGGAGGAGAGGCGAUUUCGACCAUAUUUCUGACAGACUAUAACAAAAGACAUAUUUCUUAUACUCCUUCGACUAUUGUAUAAAUUAAAAGGACUUUGUAUACCCGCACAUGUCGUCUUCGUCCAAGCUUUUUAACAAACAUUAACAUUGCUGUAAUUUUUUUGUACGGCAAAUUUUGAACGAUAGCUACACGUACAGCCUUGGGAAUUAUUAUCCUUUUAGAAUUUUUGUUAUUUGUGUUUAAAAUCUGAUUUCUGCAACUUAAGCGCUAUAAUUUGUGUUCUAAGUAACGUAAUUUUGCUACUCGUUGGUUAGUUUGCUAACCAACGAGACCAACUAACUAAAGAGUUUGCUCUUUGGUCGGGAUAGUAAAUGCGGGUCUGAAUGCGUCCUCAUAAUCCGAAUAUAACGUACCGAAAAAAAUUAAUUUGUUAUUUAAAAAAUACGAACGGCAUUUAACCGAGUUCGGGUUUUGGGAAGCAAACCGUCCCUUGAUCAAUCGCCGCUUACAAUAACCGUGUGUUUUGAAAGACGGCUCGAAAUUUCGCGAUGAAAAUCGCCACUCGGCAUUCCUGGGCCGCGACGACGGCGACGUUUAGAGCAAAAACAUUGACGAUACCGACAAUAUUGCAACGAUCCACAGAAAAACUAUAUUAUUAUUUUUAAAUUUUUUUUUUUAUACGUAUGUAUUAUUAUUAUUAUUAUUAUUGUACAGUUCUGUGCGUACGCGGCAUUGCGCGGCGGCGGCGGCGGCGUGCCCACGAAACCGGGUAGACGAGUCUCUGACUUCCGCCCGCCCACCGCCGCGGGCGCGGUACGGGUGUCGUCGUCGUUGUCGGCGGCACGUACAGUCGAGAUGACGCGGCGGGCGGUACGGUUGGCAGCGCGGCGGUUAUAAUAAUAAAACCGAUCCCGGCGGCUAGCCGGUCGAGUUAACGUGCGCGCGCGCGCCGCCGCCGCCUUUUAUGUGUGCCUACGCGUGUGAACAUUUUCGUUCCCCUCGCCGCGCGCGCUUUCGGUCGGCCACGCUCGCGCCGCGUGUGUUUGUGUACGCGUAUAUAUACGUGUGCGUGUGUGUGAUAUCUGGUCGUCCGUGCUGCCGGUAAUAAUUGCAGCGGCGGUGGCGAUGUCGGCAGCAGGCGAGAAGGGUUUAUGUAACGCGUGUGCGUGUGUAUAAUCGCGGCGGCAUGGCGAGGAACGUUGUGCGGGCGCGAGUUUGUGUGUGCGCGCGCGCCGCGCGUGUGUGUGCGUGUGUGCGUGUGUAUGUGCGCGCGAGCGCGCGCCGUGUAUAUACGCCGAACGGCGGCGGCGGCGGCGGCGUUGUUUGUUGUUGUCUGCGUGUCUACCGGACCUUCUAAAUCGGGACUCGGAGCGUGCGGGCGGCCGCCGCGCCGAGGGAAACUACACUACACGCUACUACUCGCCCGCUCGCGUGUUCGCGCCGCCGCCGCCGCCCCUGUUCCUCUUCGGGCACCGCGCCGCGCUUUUCUCCGCCACCCGCCGGUACACCGCCACCGCCACAAGGACGCGCUCGUCCGUGACCAUCUAGACAAACAUUGGUUGCUAAACGUGCCGCUCGGUUACACACACACACACACAUCUAUGACUACCGCCGCCGUCGUUGGCGCUACGCUACUACGAACGUCGGGCGGGUGGCACACCGCGCCUCAAUUUUUUUUUUUUUCCGUAUUAUUAUUAUGCACAAACGCGCACACGUAACAAUAAUAAUAUUGUACGAUUUUAGAUUAUGAGCGGAGCGAAGAAGCUUAUAGUUUUACAAAGAUGUUUAUUUUUUUCUAUCUGUGCGCAACUUUUUUACCAAAAGACAUGCUCGAAUUUCUACGUGUAGCACCUUUUCUGAAAGGAAAUCGGCGUUUUUUUUAUUGCUGCUGUUCUAUCGGACAUCGCGUUCCGACUUCCAAUUAUACCUAUACGCCAGUGGCGUAAAUACCUUGUAGGCGACGUGGACGAACGCCACGGUCUAGACCAGGACGACUUUUCGGUUAGGCCCUUUAGGACCUUUCGGAUAAUAUUUUGCCACUGACAUUAGAAAUUCUAGUUACGCCACGUCUAUACACAACCCGAUACAAUAAUAUGUAACGUUCUGCAAAAGCGAGACUUUUAUUUUAGACAUGUUCCCCGUUUUUGUUUACUUUCUGUGAUGUACCGAAAAUAUUCCAUCAAUGACGAUAACGUUGGGGUCUUUUUCGCAUUUCGCUCUAGAGCCCAAAAAAAUGUUCGAUUUAACAAUAAUUGUACACGGUUUUUAUUUGGCGCUUAUCGUUUAGACGCAUUAAUCUUUUCAUUAUACUGUCUAUGACAAAAAAAUAUUUAGUGGCUAUAUUAAACCGCGCGUUUGAACCUAAAAAUCGAUAUAAAUUUAAAAUAUUUUACUACUCAGAUAACGUUUCGAUAAUUCGUAUAUACAAUGUUAGACUGUUCUCAUCGAAAUAAUUCCACAAACGUUUUUAUAUUUUGUCAGUCAGUAUAUUAAAACGUGAACCGAUUAAAUGGAAUUUUGGUGUUUUUUCGUACUAGAGUAACUUCGGGUGUGAAUGUGGGAUAGGCCUAUAGAAUCGAACGAAAUUAUAUUUAUUACCCGCAUUGCUGUAUUUACUCUGUAAUGAGAACGCAAUAUAAUAGUACAUUUCAGUCUUUGGGGGAGGUGGGGCAUGUACCCCAGUAGUUCCGAUUUUAUUGAUGCGGUCGGAUGUGUGCAGAGAGAGCAACGAAGUUUUCUGUACGGUCGACGGUCGUCACCCUGCACUCGAAAAAGCCCCUUGGGGCCCUGCAGUGGCGCACGCGGGAUUUGUCCGGCAUGGAGGCAUAUUGUAAUAAUGAAGUGUGUAUAUUUAACAGAAGAGAAUAAUAUAAGGCCGUGUUCGGACUUUUUUUUUUUUGUCUGAAGGGGGAACAGGGACGGGUGAAAAACAUUUAUACUGUAAUUUUAUUCAACAUAGGUACUGAAUUUAGAUUUUGAUAUUUGAAUAAAGACAAAAAUCAAUUUGUAGUAGAAGAUUCGGAAUAUUAUUACCGGCCUAAAAUUAAGUAAAUUCAUUGAAAGUUUCUAUAUAUAUAUAUAUAUAAAAUUUAAAUUGUUAAAUUAUAUCAGUAUAAACUAUAAAUUAUUAAACAGUAUAACGUACCUUUGGAAGUUCAGAAAAAUAGUUUGACGAUGUAUUUUUGAUAUCUCGUUUAAUUUAAACUGGGUUUAUAAAUAGACGAUCUGGCGGAUAACGGAAUUUUAUAUUAAAAAAAUAUUUUUAAUUUACGCAAAUUUAAUAUUGUCGUUGUCGGCCGUCGCCGACCGCCCUUCGGUAUCAAUCGUGUGGCCGUCCAUCAAUAACAAUCUAUUAUUAGAACUUGAAAUAAUAUUGUCUUACGGUAUAAAACAAUAAAUCGUUAAUUUAACUGGAAUUUUAACCAUUUACGGCCGAAAAUAUUUUUGACGAUAUAAAAAUAAAUAAUUAUUUUAAACGUUUUUGGAAUAUUGAGAAUAUUUCGGAGAGGGUUCCGGCCCUCUCCGAAAGGGCUUUCAGAUACGGUCUUGGAGAACAAACGAGUUCAAUAAUAAUUUAUAGUUGUUUUUUCUAAACUCAGGUAUUAGAUUAUAGGCUGUGUUGGUGGAAAGGGACUCGUUACUUUUAUAGGAACGAGACACGGAACGCGUACGUUUUUAAAAUAAAACGGGAAACAGUUCAUAUUUACGAGGAACGCGAAACUUUGUUUCUUUUUUUCGUUUCUUAAUUUCCGCAUAAUAUUUACAAUAUGAUUACUGUUAGGAACGCAUAUGCAUAAUGCAAAAUCAAUCACGAAAACCUAUGAUACGUAUAUUAUAUUUUAACAGCAAAUCGAAUAUCAGUACAUAUUUACAGUUGAAGAAUAUACACAAAUCGGGGUUCGGAUUCGGCACUAGGUAAAAACAAAAACAAAAUACGAUUAAAAGAACAAGUUGUAUAUACGUGUGUAAGGGACGCGAGAAACGGGAACAAAGUCGUUUUUCACGGUAUCGACGGGAACAAAUUCCAUUUUAAAAGAAACUUUCCGAACGCUACGGGAGCCAGGUUAUAGGUUCAAUAGUAUCACCGUCACAACGUUCCCGAACAACGAAAAUAUCGCGGAUAUCCGGAAUUAUUACCUUGUGGUACACCGGAAAUACCGAUCAGCCUUUGUGUAGCAUAAUAUUAUAAAAUAUAUAUUAUUAUAAUAAUAAUAAUUAUCCUUAUUUUUUUUUUUUUUUUAAACCCCGUACUUCGGGCAUAAUACACCCGGGAGUGUCAUUAUAUCGGCCCCACCGCGCGCGCGCGCGGACUGUUUCGCCCCGUGUUUAUCCCGGUAUCCGGUCGAUGACUCGUUUAUCAGAUAAAAUCGAUAGUCUAAUUUUUACGCCGAUAAUAAUAAUUAAAUGUAUUGCAAAAAUAAAGAAUAGGGUCAAUGAUCGUAUUAUUGUAUGUAUAUUAUAAUAUAUAUAUAGACAGAGUUUAAAAUACAAUUGUGUGUACCUAUAUGAUUCGAAAUACGCCGCGCCUGUAUCAGAAAAUGGACAAAUUGGGGAUAAAGUUAUUGACGGGAACGGACGCGUUGUACAAUAUUAUUUUGUUGCUGCGUCGUCGUAUUAUUAUGUUUUCCCAAAUACCUUAGAGCGAAUUAAUAAUUCCUACGGUUCUAAUAGUAACGCGACAAAAAUAAAAACUAUCAUUUAUUUGAAAACGUACGGUUUAUAUUCUAAUAUUGUGUCACGAAUUCGCGCGAUUGUCAUCUGCGAUGCGUUUCGCGUAGAUCGGGGUUUUUUUUUUUUUUUUAUCUGUUUUCCGUAUACGAUGCUAAUGAUAACAAUGAUAAUAUAAAUAAUAACAACGACUGCAGCGACGACGCGAACACCUCUUGUCACUCGGCGGGUUAUUAUUUACUUUGUACCCGCCCGCGACCGUCGGAUCGGCGGCAUCGGCGGCGGCAGAGGUGUUGGCGUGUGCUUUGCUUUCGUCGACAGCGAAGUGACGGCUGCGACCUCGGCACGCGCGCUUUGCGGACCACUGGAUGGCCGUGCGGUCUGCUCGUUAGCAAAGGCGGCAGCUUGUUAAGACCCGGUCACGCUAAAAGCGGCGGCCACCGACGCUGCGGCCCGCCCCGGUGCCGGCGUUUCGUUCCCGAACCGUCUUUCACGCCGAACAAAAUGUAUUGUUUUCAAAGCGGGGCUUCGGCCGAUUUCGAUCGAACGAAAAUGCAAGUACUCUAAAAUAGCACAAGUCCGUUUUCGGGGUUUUGUACGCUCUGCAACGAAACGAAUUUAUGUAACGGCCGAUAUUACGACUCGCGAUAAAUUUAUCGUAAAUCGUCGUUCGCUAUGUAUUAUUGUACAAUUUGUAAAUGCGUUUAUGGAAUUUUCCAUUGUUGUUUGCAACUAAAAAACUUCAAAAGUCAACCGCCAUAUCGUAUUAACUGCUAACUGUUCAUUUUGUCCGUGUAAAAUCGAAUUGAGUAGGGGGUUCGCAUACAUCCGGACAAGACACUGGCGCGUGUCCACAAGAGUGUUUACAGUGUUAUUAUAUAGGUAUAACGUGUACAGUACAGUACCUAUAUAUACUUGGCAUGUUGACACCGAGUGGUGUAAUUAUCGCGGUCCGAUUCAUAAUACCUUUACUAAAAAAAUAAGUCGCUGACGUUCGAGCCGCCAUUCAGCAUAAUAAUAUCCGUCACGGUCCCUUAUAUAAUACUGUAUUUUACGACGAUUCGUUUGAAAAGAAAAUAUCUGCGUCACAUAAAUUUCGUCGAAAACCGACGUACCGGUGUGUUUGUUAUUAAUUAUUUUAUUGUUUCUCUAAUUUGUCACUAAGAAAAAAAAUCACCGAGAAUAUCAAAACAAAAUGUAUACCAAAUGUAUUCGAUAUAUAGGAAUAAGUCUUAGUUAGAAAUCGUGUUUGGAAAAGAGACGCGAAAAAAGUUUUGAUUUUUUUCGUCGCGAUGAAAUAUCGUCGACUGGCCCUGGGCACCUGCCUAGACAUUUCAAAAAAAAAAAAUCUCAACGUGAAAACGCGAUCGAAAAUAUGUUAAAAACAAUAAUAAUGUUCGGAGCGUCGAGAAACGCUGGAGGAGGCGCCCGGUCGGCGCGUGAACGUAUUUACGGUACCGUGUCGUCGCCACCGCCGCCGUGUGGGUAGUGUCGGAACGUGUCGGCGGCGGCGGUGGACCCAAAACGGCACGACGACGACGACGACGUCAAGUCACGGCACACGGAUAAACCCCCGACGGCGCGCGGAUCCGUUCCCCGCCGCCUCCGACGCACGUCGCCGCCACACGCGCGCACACGCUCCCAACAGUACCUAUAUAGUCGUCGCCGUCGUCUGCCGACCGGUCGCGGCCGCACUUUGCGUGUGUGCGCGCCCGUGCAUAAAUCAUGUGGCCCGGUCCGUCUCGCGUCCCCGUGGGCACGCCGUCGCCGGUUCCGCGCGCACGCCUAGCCCUCUGCGGACGCCGCCGAGGACUACUAUUAUAAUAUUAUUAUAAUAUACGCCUCCCUCGGAAAAAAAAAAUUAUCAUUAUGCCCGAAUAUUUAUUAUCGAAAAUUGUAUUUUUUUUUUUUUUUUUUUGUUUUCUUCAAAUAAUAUAUCGUAAAUACCCACGCUACGAAUAAAAAAAAAGAACUGCUCGUGGUCAUGCGUACAUACGUAAGCCGCGAUUUUGGCACGUACAUUUUCCGUUAAUAUAUUAUAUCCGUUGACAGUACCUAAGCAGUAUAUUAUUGGCGAUUUUCACGAUCUAAAAUUCGCGACUGAAUUUUUCGAUUGGUGAUCAAUCAGCAAGUCUUCUAAUCGAAAUCGUGUCAGUUACAGAACAAAAAGCACACGUCGUAGUAAAAACCAAUACAUUCCUUCGUAGAGUUCACCGAUAUUAAAAAAAAGUCAACACCAACAUUUGUUUAAAGCUAAAACUUUAUCUAUUUAUAGUUUUUUUAAUACGAGUUGCUAUUUUAAAACUAAAAUAAAUAAUUAAUAAGUGAAUUUUACUCCCAAAACUAAUGGUAUAUAACAAAAAAUAACGUUGAUGUAACAUUUUAGAGUUGCUUGUUUCUAAAAACUGUCUAAAAAAGUUAAUACUACCCGACAAUACGAUUCUCCUGAUUUAUACAUUGAUCUUUUUUUAUUAGGACCCCUGAUAAUAGUAAUUCGUUUUAGUAUCAGAAAGAUCCGAAUAUUUUAUUUUAGAUUCUGAGCAGAGCGAGCAAUGUAUUGGUUUUACAAUGAUAAUUUUUUUUUUUUUUUGUGAACAACUUUUUCACUAGAAAUUUUGAUCUGAUUUUCAAAUGCAACACUUUUUCUGAAAAGAAAUUUGACUGGAAUGGUACUUUAAGGUGGUCAUUUUUUGAUGUUCCCAGGGGUUUUCAUAAUAAAUGGGAAAAUUUACGAAAUGUAUUAUUGUCCAAAUCGUAAAUAUUACGAUUCAAAACAUUCAAAACAUGUAUAACCGAACUCCGGCCAGAAUCGUUUUUCUUUAGCAAUGAUUAAUCAUUGCGUAUAGAUAUACAUUAAAUUUCCCCUCUAUCUUCCCAACUUUUCACCUACAACGGACACCCAUCAUUCGAAGUAUGUCCGUUUUGUUUUUAUUCACAAAUCAUAUAGUGCCUUAAUAUUAUAGUUUUCCUUUGGUCCCCAUUAGCCUAUGUUUAGCCCUGAAUCGGUCAUUAUUAAUGGCGAGUUUCUAUACUUUUUAUUUUCGUAUUAUAUGAAGAACGAUAAUUUUUUUAAAAACAGAGGCUCUACGAAAAAGAACACAAUAAAAGCUCCAUUGAUCAUAUUUUGCAUUAAUCGUGUAGGUGCACUGUACACAAAACCUUUUUUUUUUGUUUUGGUAAAGUACCCGUUCGUCCUACUCCAAACAUGUUGCAAAAAUAUUCAGUAGUUUUAUAGGUUUUAGCCGUUUUCAGUACAUACUAACAAUAAAUGCCUAUAGUUGACUAAAUAUUACAUAAUAUGGUAUUUACAAAAAAAUGUACCUGAAAGAGCAUAAUAUUUUGAGUUAGCCGUAGAGUAAAAACAAAUUUUAAGUGUAUUUAGUAUACAUCUAGUAUCUAAAUUUGGUAUGGCAUUUUUGUUUUUUUUUUGACCCGAAACUACGAUCCAACUACGCCUUCCUGUAAGUUGUUUAGAGUACUUUUUUUUUAGUAUGCGUGUGCCACGGUUUCGAAGAAAAUCCCAUGACACACCGUGGAUCAUCAAUAUUUUGUUUUUUAUAAUAAUUGUUAUAUAAUUUUUCUAAUUUCGUCAAAACAUAUAUUUAAAAAAAAAUCAUUUNAAAUCCCAUGACACACCGUGGAUCAUCAAUAUUUUGUUUUCAUUCUAAUUUCGUCAAAACAUAUAUUUAAAAAAAAUCAUUUAUUGAUUUCUAUUUCGCCCUAAACAAAUAGAUAUUUUUAGACAUUGUUUUUUUUAAUACUUUAUUCCAUGUUAAAUACUAUUUUUAAUUAAUCAAUUUUGUAAUAGUUACUAUCAGAUAACUUACGAAUAGGUAGAUUUUUAUUUCACAUAAUAUAAUAUGUUUGAAAUUCCAAUAACUUUAUGGUCUUAAUAAUGUUUUGUCUCAAUAUAUCUAAGUAUACAAUUCGAGGUUUAUUUUUUUUAAAAAAAACCUCGUUUUUUACUUUUACUAUGUUUUAGACACUGUAUUUAUUUUUUUUUUUAAAUUUAUAAUACGAUCUUUUUUGGGAUUUUUAACUUACCUCCAUUAUAGCUGCAAGUAUCAUAUAAUAUAAUAAUAAUUUUGCAUUAAAAAUGUUUAAUCGAUUGUCACAUACCUAUUAAACAUCACUAUUUAAAAUAACUUUAAAUUGAUAAAUAUAGUGUUUACUAAACAUAAUAAUAUUUGUAGGUAGUCAGAAACUAGUGGUUCACACAAGACCUGUAGAAUUUCAUCAAAAUUGACGGAGUUAUAUAUCUUGACAUACAGAUGGAAAUGACGAAAUUAUAUGGGUUCCAUUUUUGCCAUUUUGGCAACCCUAAUAAUCAUUUUGUCGAACAAUAUGUUCUGAUAUAGUGAUGAUAUUUAUUAUGAAUGGUUAGAAAAUCCCGGAAAAUAAUCAUAUGGACUGUAAAUGUCGACUGUAAUCGGCCGGAAAAAUAAAUGCUCUGAACACAAUAUUCUGAUUUUCAUAUUAAUGGGGAGAAACCAAAAAAAAUUAUUGGAAAAGUGGACAAAUAUUUAAGACACCCCACUGCAAUGAAUCAUCAUUUUCAAUUUGUACGCAUUGUAUUUUCUACCAGAAAUAUUGUUUUAAUCAGAAACCCAUACGACAUCUUCGUUUCAUUUUUAAUCUAGUUCGUAUAUAGGGAAGUGGGUUUUAGAUUUUUCCGUAUAGUUUUUAUAACACAUUGACGGACAUUACUACUAUAGCAGUGAUAUGGAAAAUAUAUUACGUCAAUACUGCUUGAAGCAGUAAUCUUUCCAAUAAUAUCAAAUCAUAGAUAACAGUGAACUGCCACAUUAUCAGUUUUUUUUAUACAUAGGUGUAUAAAACUGAGAGAAAAAAAUUGUAUUUUUAGCGCAUUCCUCUUUGUAUGAUAUCGCUGCGAAGCUAUUUUAAAAUUCAAUAAAGGUUUUUAUGUGACAUGUUUUAUACAGAUGAAUAUUUCGUGACAUAUAAUAUACAUUUUGUGAGAUUCUUAAGUCGAUAAUAAUAUGCCCCCUCUAAUUUCCUAACUAUAUACAUUUUGAAAAAAUUAAAAAAAAUAGCUUUUGAAAUAUACUUCUAACGAAAAUCAUUUUGAUAAAAUAUGUUAAUAUUAAACAAAAUAUUUAAACCCUAUAUUAUAUAUUAUUUUAAUAUUAUUAAUAUAUGUUUACUCUAUAUAUAUUACGAACCCAUGAAGGCCUAAAUUUAUACGUGCAUAAUUAUGAUACACACUUGGUCAGUUUUAUAAAUCGUAUUUUAGUACACUUCUUACAAAUUUAAAAUUAAUAUAAUAUACGCAUCAUAUAAGUGUUAACAAAAUUCGUUUUUAUAAUCGUUUAUAUUUUAAUCAUUAUUUUUCAGGCUAACAAACCACUAAUGGAGAAACGAAGACGUGCAAGAAUAAAUCAAUCGCUAGCGCUUUUGAAGACUCUUAUUUUAGAUUCUACCAGAACAGAAGUAAACCUAUACCUUUUAGUUUUAAAUUUAUAUUUUAAACCUCUGGACGACAUUCGUGUAUAUUUUCAGAAUACCAAGCAUUCGAAAUUGGAAAAAGCUGACAUAUUAGAGCUUACAGUACGCCAUUUACAACGACAAAAAGUCCUGAGCUCAGAUGUCAGGGAUAAAUAUCGGGCCGGCUUCCAAGAAUGUGCUAGAGAGGUACGUAAGACUCUAUCACCAACCCACUUAGAAUACUACAGUGCGUUCGACUCACGCGUUAGGGCUGUGUGAUUAUAUUUUUAUUUCCAAAUAAACUAUUUGCAUACAAUUAAUCCAUAUAAUCGAUUUUAUAAUUUAUUAUUAUAAUCGGUUAUAGUUUAUACAUAAAUUGUAAUAAAUAUACAUAUAUAUAAACUAGGUAUGUUUUUCCCCUCUCACUCUCUGGCCUAUAAUAUCAGGGAAUGUGGUUACGUAUGGUACGCCGUCCAUUAGUUUGUAGGUCCAUGCCCAUAUCCAAUUUGUAUGUACCUUAUAAAUUAUAAAGUAUAUGUUUAAUAUAAAAUCAGUGGCGUCGAAAUCAACAGUCAAGGGUGGCGGUCACUACCUAUCUUUUAAUAGUUGGGUGGUGGUGGUGUAUUCAUGAUUGGUACCUGAACCAUAUUUUUUUUAUCGAAUUUGUACAUAUAAAAUAUUAAUUAAAAGUUUUGUGUGGGAGUUUGUUUUUUAAACGAGUCUAUACAAUUUUUUAUCUGCCCGCCUUAUUCUUAAAACAUGGUUCGGUACCACUGUAUAAAAUUGUAUGGAAUAAUAAUAAUUUUUAUUAAGGUUACUGUCUUCAUACUAGUAAAUAGAGUAGUGUAUCUAUUUAUGUUCGUCAUUUAUAGUUGGAUUAGAUUAUGUAUUAAUAAUCUACUCAUUUUUUAAUCGAACUAGAUUAAAUCGAUUAUUGAAAAUAAUCACACAGUCUUACAGCCACGUUUCGUAAAUCGUAAUUCUUAUUCAAUUUUAUUUUCAACCGAUUACUUAUACACUAUAGGUUACAAGAUUUUUGGAGUGUCCGGAACUACAUAUGUGUAGUACUGGAACCGGAACACUACUCUCUACGGGUUCCGCAGUUAUUGAACCGGCUGUAAAGCAACGCCUACUGAGACACUUAGAUACGUGCUCAUCGGAAAUCGACUUGGACUUUAGCAACUCUACAGUUGUUAUUCCUGAUGUAAGUAUAUUUUUAGGAUAACUUUAAUUUAAUUCUACACAAUUAUGUCGUACAAUAUUUUGUUUAUCUCUUAACGGAUUAAGGAGUAGAUUUUAUGACAAAAGCGCGCUGGUAAAAAACUUAUUUUGGAAUUAAUAGUUCAUAUAUAUAUAUAUACCAAUAAAAAAUAAAAUUAAUUAUUAUUACACUUUUUUGAUAAUUGUAUAAGUUAUAAUGUAACAGUUAAUAAAUGCAAUUUAUUUAAAUCAAAUACAUUAUUUGUACGGCAACGUGGAACUAGACUAAAAUGACACACAAAAAUGAACCAUUCAAGUACACAGAAUGUCACCACAAUGCCAAUUACGUGGUUCUUCCGUGUAAGUAGAAAACGCUAUUGACGAACCGGUCCACCAGUUUAUCGGGUGGAUGGGUCAAGGCGAUUUGUAGUACGGAAGUUCUUUAGAAAGACGAAUAGUAUAGAAUCAUUUUUAAAUAACUAGAUACGAUAGGAUACUAUUACGAGUUACGGACGUAUUUCGGUUGUAAAUUACUCAUAUAUAUGUCCAUUGGAAAUAUGAACUUCCAAGGAAAGAAAACUCAGCUGCCAGUAAUUUGUAUUUAGACUGUAUACAAUGGCUAGCGCCGUAGCCUAUCUUACCCAUGUAUAUAACUUAAAGCACACGUAUAAGCGACGAAUAACCUGAAGUGACAUGUGAUCUGCGCACACGGGGUCACAAGCUAGAUCACUUGUCUCAUGUCUCAUCAGGACGUUCUUUUUUCAAUGUAUAGCCAUAGAUAGAGAUACUCAGAUAGCGUUGUUUAUAAUACGUGCUUCAAAGUUAAAAUUAUCAAUACAUAUUCAUAAUGUAUUAUCCAAUCAUCAUCGGAUUUCUAUACUGGAUUAUAUAUUACGGACUAAAUCACUGCCAAUAGCCAUGAAACCUGUGUAUCACAAAGUGCCAUCGUACCUAACCAUUAUUAAUAUUUAGUUAUUUAUAGAAUAUAAUACAAGCUGUGUAUAAUUAGAUGACCAUUAUUGAGAUUUUCAAGAUUUUUGAUUCGAAGACAUAAUUUCGAUUUAUUGGGACCAGAACGACCAACCUUGUAUAGUAUAUGGUAUUGGUAUAUAUUUUAACUGUAAAAUAUAUCUUGAUCACACUAUUAAUAGAUUUUCCUCAGUCAGUGCCUAAUUAUUUCUCUAUUUAUUAAGUUUCCUCAUAGUUAUUUACCAAGCCACUUUACAUUAAAUUACAUAAAUGGAGAAUUGUUGGGCAUCGUGUUUUUUCAGUGUUAAUUGUUUAAUUCUUGUCAUCUUGCCCAUAGUUAAGAAAAUAGGUAUGGUGGCAUUAGUUUCAUAUUUGCUGUGAAAUAGUUGAUACUUCACGCCUAUUUUAAUUAGUUUAAUUAAUUAAUUAUGGUACAACAAUAUACCAUAAUUUUUCGGAAUGUAAUAAUUAUACGGAAUGAUAAAAUCCCUGAAUACAGAAUUCCGGAAUGAUAAAAUCCCUAAAUGCAAAAUUCUGAAACCUAAAUUCUCGGAUCUCAACAAUCCAGAAUAUAAUAUUCCGGAAUGAUAAAAUCCUCAAAUGCAAAAUUCCAAAACCUUAAUUCUUGGACCGCAACAAUCCAGAAUAUAAUAUUCCGGAAUGAUAAAAUUCGGAAAUAUAAAAAGCCUGGAACGUAAUAUUUCACUGACCUUUUCUCUUCACCGAAAAUUACUAGAUCUAAUACGUUUACCCAAUUAUUUUAUCUACUUUCCCAAAUUUUUCAUCAGUCCUUUAUCUUCUUUCGCGUUCUACAAGUUGAUCACAUUGCAUAGAUAUUAUUAUUAUCUAUGACGAAAAAAAAUCACUAUUGACUAUAGACGUUUAAUACUAUUGCUACUUAAUAUUUUAUUUUUAUAAACAUCGAUAUUUUUCCGGAUUGUUACGGUCCGUGAUUUUGCGCCCCGGAUUCUUAGAUUCUGGAUUAUUACAUUCCGGGACAUUACGUUACGGAUUUGUAUCGCCUCUAUUGAUAUUAUAUUUCUACCAAAAUAUAUUGUUCAAAAAAUAUGUUUCUGUAAACAUAGAUAAUAAUUAUCGUGUUCACCCAUAGACAAUAAAGUAAUGGAUAGGACAUUAGUAAAUUACAUAUUAAGAUCAUUACAGUAUUGCGGUCCAAUAUAAUAGGAAAUUUAGACCGUUUGUUUACAUUAUUCUAUAUGAUAACCACUGUAACAAAGUAAUUUACCUAUACGAAGUAUAUAAACUCAAUUUCAUUAUUACGUCUUCAUUGAUAAGCCGCCAUGCCCUCUUCAAUAUUUUAUUAUCUAUGUGUUCACUGCAUUGUCCGUACCUAUCAUAGUCCUAGACUUAUUAACCUAUUACUAAGUUUAUAGUAUUUAUUGUGUGUUAACUUAUACUUAAAUUUGAAUGUAAUUAAACAAUAUUAUCAAAAUUAUUAAACUAGAUGAUCAUACAUUCUUAAAAUUUGUAUUAUUCUAUUACUAUCUAAUGUCAUCUAUAAUAUGACAAUGUUUAAUGAGUACACAUAAAUCUUCCUCGAGAAUUCCAGAUCGUAACAUCACUAAAAUACGUUCAGUGGUUCUUGAAAUUAGCGCGAUCGUACUGAGAGACGCACACUGGAUUGCAUAAUACAUACUACUAUACUAUAAUAUAUUGACUAAAUUAAAAAUGUUAUUAGGACGUUAUUGGUGGAGAUGAAGAAUCAAAUUGUAGCACGAUCGACAGUAAAAAUGAUCGUGUAAAAUCUGAACCUCCCAAGAAACGGACUCGUAGUAAAUCUGUGGGUGUAGAAGAUAAGGUGUUAGAUCGCGGUGGCCUGACAGCUAGUGUUGUUGUAGCGCCGACUAAUGAUCCUACACAACCAUUAUCUGUUGUACAGGUUAGUGAUUUUAUUUUCAUAGUUACUUAAAAAUUAUAAAAUAUGUUUUUUGUAAAAUGUAUUGACUAUUUUUAGGUAAUUCCUUCACAACUCCCUGAUGGUCAAGUUGUAUUCCUGUUACCUAGCCACUACGUGCAUUGUCAACAAAACCAAGGGGGCGAAGUAAGACCUCAAGGUGAUGAACCUAUAGAUUUCAGUGUAAAAAGAGAACACGAACACGACAGUAUGUGGAGACCUUGGUAA